AUGAGCAUCUCUGACAAUGAUGACAGUAAGAAGCCCAAUGAUGAUGAUGAUGAUGAUGAUGAUUGUCAUCCAUCUACCAAAGCAGCAGCGCCGCCAAAUCCAGCAAUAAACGACGACCAAAACCAGCCUGUUGCUGCUGCUACUUCUUGUCACAAGGUUGCGGAUUUGUGGCAAACCGUCGAUCGUGAAUUGCGGCUCAACAUUGGAAACUCGCUCAAGUGCGGCAUUUGUUUGUCCACCUUGACGCAACCGUACCGCACCCCCUGCGUCCACGCCUUUUGCAAGGAUUGCAUCAAUGCUAGCCUCAUGUACAGUGGCAACAAGAAAUGUCCCGAAUGCAACACUCCCAUUACCAAGCGAAGUUUGCAACCCUUUGACUAUUUGCAAGAUUUGUGCGAUGCCUACAAGUUGACGCUGCGAGAAUUUGGAAUGGUGCCUGCCAAAUACACACCCAACUUUACCACCAUGACCCAACAGGUUUGUCCUUCGCCCUCUACUAACGACGAUGACGACGACGAUAACGAAGAAGAAUUGUCGCCACAAGAUCAACUGGAUCGAUUGGAUGUGGCCACGGCGUGGCAACAAAAGGCAUUGCCUCUGCUGGCCAGCCAACGCAAGAUUCAAGACUUGCAGGUGGAAGAAAAUGCUCAAGUCGUAGAUGCCAAUUUCAAAGCCUGUGGGGAUCUUUUGAUCCCAAAGGCCCAAUUGAAUUCCACCCAAGAAGUUCAGGAACAGGCUCGCGAACAGCAAUUGGCGGACGAAGCGUGGAAACAACAACAGCAAUUACAAGAAGAGCUAGCCAAAAAGCAACAAGGCAAUCCAACCCAAGACUCGUCUGUCUUCUUGACGGCUCCGGAAGAAUCAUCGUUAUCCAAUUCGCCCAACAAUAACAACAAGCGAGUUUCCUUUUCGACCAAGCCACCUACCAAUUUGGGUUUCGUUGCCAACAAGACAUGCACUAAUCAAUUGGUCGUUCAUACCAGUCAUGCUUCGGAAAAUACAGAAAUUCCCGCCGAGGAAGAUAUCAUUACACCCAAAUUGACCAAUGUCACCUUCAACAAGGCUGAUACUGCAUUCACUGUUGUAGUUGCGACUCCUGCUGCCUCCAGAAAACGAGACAGUACUCUGUUUGAGACCUCGCUGUCUCCAAUUGACCCACAAGCGUCCCAAGAAAUCAUGCCUCGGGAUCCUACUGCUGCUGUCGCUGCUGCUUCUUCUUUGAGUGAAGAACCUGCAGACGAGGAGGAAUCCCUAGUGACCAAGGAGCCUUCUGCUCUUGUUCCGUUGCAACCGAACAACGAAACGAGUGCCCAACAGGACGACGACGACGAGUCGAAAAAGAAGAAAAAGACUAAACCCAAGAAGAAAAAGGUUGGCAAGGCAAAGGGUGGUACUGCUGUUGGAAAGGAGACGGAGAACAAUAGUGCAAAAUCCAACGCGGAGGAAAGUACCAACACCAAUAGCACUACUCGCCGCAGCCAUCGACGUUCGUCUAAGCAAGAAGCAGUAGAUCCAACCAAGGAUACUGGCGCCUUGUCCAUGCCCACUCCUUCACCAUCAAAGCAAAUGCAACCACCAGAACCAGAGCCACAAGACGAAAUCUUGACGCUCAGUCACAAUGAUACCGAGGAAAGUGAAGAAAUUCCCAAAAUUUUGGAACAGGGCACUCAAAUGACCCAAGAUGAUAAUGCUACUGCUUGUUUCAAUACGACGGCUGGUGCCAUGAUGGAAGAUUCCUUUGGGGCCUUGCAUUUGUUGCCCGUCAAGAGAAAAAGGAAGCAACGACAGUUGGAGUUGAGCCAAUCAAGUCAAGUGAGUGACGACGUUGACGAUGAAGAUCAAACGGCUAAAGAUUCUAUCGAAGACAAGGCAACUGACUUGGCGGAACAAGAUGCCACGAAGGAACUUCUACAAAACGACGUCUCAGUGGACGAUGAUUGGACCGUGCCCAUCAAGUCCCAGUCUCCCGAAUCGAUUCACACCAAGGAAUCAUCGCCACAAGCAACGGAACCGGAAUUGAAAACAAAGACAGUUCGCAAGAGGACUUCCUUUGGAACUGCCACCACUACUCGGUUUGGAGCAGCAGCGGCACAUGUGGAAGAAACUACGACUACUACUACUACUAUUCCUCUCAAUCAAGAAGAGGAGGAAGAAGAGGAGGAUCGAAAGCCAGCGGCUCGUCCCACCAUUACGCCCCGUCGAAGACGACGACGAAAGAGUGGAGCGAACGAAAGCAAUGCCUUGGAGGAAGCACAAAAUACCGACCGUGCUUCCCUGGCCCCGGCGACUCCAGCUGCUACCGUAAAUCCAGCCACUCGCCCUCGUGUUUGGCAUGUGGGUGAAAUUGUCAAGGUCCAACCACGAACUUGGCCCGGUGUGAACAAAUUGGGUGGAGUGGCUCGAGUCACCAAAGUUUGGGAGGCCUUUGCUAAUUGUUGUUACGAUGUGGCCUACAUUUUGGGAGGCAAGGAAUCCAAGGUGGAUGCCAUUUUCGUGGUGGAAAGCGAUGACUUUGACGAUCAAUCGCAGCCCCAACAACGCCGACGUCGCAAGGCGGAUGCCACUGAGUUGUCCAUGGCCAUGUUGCAGGAUUUGGAAAGACAAGGAUUCGAUACCACUGGACUGAAACCGUUGAAGACGCCCUAUGUUAAGCGGAAGAGACCUCGAUUGGCUCCAGGGAGUGCGCUCAAGGAUACUACCAACAGUAAGAAGAAGGAGAUAAAGAAAUCAAGCGAUACCAAAAAGACGACGGCUAAUGACAACAAGCGCAAGGCUAAUAGCAGCAACACCGAAGCGCAGAAGACUGCUACCAAGAAGGUUGUCAAGAAGGCCAAAGAGAACCCAAAGACUGAAACAAAGACAAAAGCAGGAAAAUCAAAGGCUGCUACGUCGACAACGGCAGCUGUCAAGGCAAAGGCAACUGUGAGCGCCUUUUCGUCAAUGAGCCUACCAGAAAUCUUCGUCAAGGCGGAUGAUCACUACGAAUCCAUCAUGGACAGUGCCCAACGCGACGGAGAGCUCUACAUUGUCACGUCCAGUUUGAAAGAAGGCGAAAUGUCCAUGCUCAAGGAAGUAUGUUCCAAGUCGCUUGGAAACAUACGACUUCGUGUGACCGACACCUUUGGCAAGCGCACGAAGAUUUGCGUCCUUCCCGUCGAGGAAUCGGAAGGCAAUAUCCGACCCCAGAUUCGAACCGUCAAGGCAGUUCGAUCGGCAUUGGCCGGGAUUCCAAUGGUGCCGCCGGAUUGGAUUGCUCAAAUGAAGGAUCAGAAGAAGUUUAUCGUUCCCAAUACCUUUGUGCGUUCCUUGCCCGCCAAAGCCGUUCCAGGAAAGAAGGGCGGAGUUGCCCAAUAUGCCGCUGGCAUCAAGUCCAAGCAACACUUACUGCUCAAAGGAACCUCCCUCUUUCUGUGCGGAAACUUUCCCGAUGCCCAACGAAAGGAUAUGCAUCUCGUGGCUAAGGAAGCGGGCGCUGUCGUUUUGAAAACCCCCCAGCAAGCUGUGGAUCAAUUGCAACAAUCGAAACGAGUGGUGGUCUUGUGUAACACUUCAAACAUUGCACCUGUCCCAUUGGAAAAGCAGCUACGAACGUCGCUGACUGCUGACUCACAAGCUGCGUUGGUGGUUGGGCCAGGCUGGUUGUUUGAUUCGAUCGCUAGCGUUGAGGAACUGCCGCCCCAAGCAUUUCCACCACCGGAAACCAAACAGCGCACGGCGAUGGAACUUUGGAGACUGUGCUGUGCCGAUAGUUAA